CUCCACAGAGCCCAGAUCAUUCAGAGGCAGCUGGAGCAGGUGGAAGAGAAACAGAGGCAGUUAGAGGAGAGAGGUGUCGCUGUGGAAAAGGCAUUGCGAGGGGAAGCAGGAAUGGGUAAAAAGGACGAUCCAAAGCUGAUGCAGGAAUGGUUUAAACUGGUCCAGGAGAAGAAUGCCUUGGUGCGCUAUGAAUCGGAGCUGAUGAUAUUUGCUCGUGAGCUGGAGUUGGAGGACAGACAGAGUCGACUGCAACAGGAACUGCGAGAACGCAUGGCAGUAGAUGACCAUCUGAAGACCGAGGAGGAACUUGCGGAGGAGAAACAGAUUCUGAAUGAGAUGUUGGAGGUAGUCGAGCAAAGAGAUUCUCUGGUGGCCCUGCUGGAUGAGCAGAGACUCAGGGAGAAAGAAGAGGAUAAAGACCUGGAGGCGGUGAUGCUCUCUAAGGGUUUCAACCUCAACUGGGCUUAGCAUAACAAUGGCGAAACGCUUCUGACCGCCAGCGAUUCCCAGUUUCACUGCAGGGAGUGUAAAAAAUUGCAGAAAGAAUCGGUCUGUCUCCCCCAUCGAUUUUAUUGGGCAUGUCAACAACGUUUACAAAUCCACUCAUGAGCACUAUGAUGUUUACGAGUUCUCCUGGCACGACUCAGGCCGUUUUGUCCCUCGGCAGCCAAGGCAUUGGUUCUGUGCAAGACGUUCUCUCAUUCAGAAUGGGAGAAUGCGUCAAUUUACAGAUAUAUUUUUAUUUUACUUUUUUUUUUGGACUUGAAAAGGGACAUAUCAAUCCUGCUGACGUUGAGGAAGUCUGAGACUAAUGAUCCUACAAAAAGCCAGUCUUGUUUUUCAGUGAACGUCUGGUCAAACAACUGUUACGUUUUCAUGGGUGAGAGACGUUUGGACUUGGUUUCCUAUAAUGCGUUUUCUACCUUGACUACUGACUGAAAAAGUACAGCUGUUUUCUCUCGCUUCACACUCCUCUCCUGUUUAAUAUAACACACUAUAAGCUUCAGACCUCCAUGCAACAGAUGAAUGAAGUCUUUAGGUGUGGUUCACAGAUGAGCAUGUGAUGGACUUCUGUAAUUGACACAGACACCCAUCAGUGACCGACACGUGUUGUGUUUGUAGCAUUGACAAUUGUACAAUUUUCAAAUCUGUCAGUAGCCACCUGAUAUUAGAGAUAUCGGUGUACGCUGAGAGCGCAACUGUCUCGAUGUUACAUACGUCACUGAUGUUGGUUUCCAUUUGUCUUGAAUGGCGUUACCACACAUAUAUCCUAAAAUCAGUUUACAAUCAUUUAUAAUCCAUGAUGAAUAUCUGAUACUUGUACUAUAGUUUACAUAAAGCAGUGGAGUAUAUAUUAGUAUAUAAACUUCCUCAGUGCAGAUAGUUACAUAUAGAAUAUACAUAUACACCCAAUAUGCAUUGAUAUACAAUCAAAUGCAUUAUGCAUUUUGUUGGUUGGUCAGUGGUUUCAAGAACAGUUAAGACCAGCCACAGCAUUUCUGACUUUAUUUAGCAUCAAAUCAGAUGGAGAAAUGGUGUCCAGUUUCCCAUUUAAUUAUCUGCCACCAAGGUUUGGUGUCGAUCUUUCCACAUCCUCCAGGUUUGGAGCAACAUGCCUUUUUUAACUUCUCAUGCAACAGCUCUUCACAUCCACAGUUUUUUCUUAUCUUUGCAGAGUGUGUUAUUUAUAAUUGUCUUUGUCAAGUU